GAAAAGUUGCCCAAUGUUAAUGUUUGACAAGUAGGAAGAAGGGCCUUGGCUGCCAUAUCUCACUCAGUCUUAGACAACACAACCACACUCUUUCAGUUCUCUUUCUGCUCGGGAGCUUGUUGCUGCUUUGUGAAGGAAUUACAUCAAAUCCGAGGGAGAAAGACAGAAAGACACCAUGGAGGUGCUGGUGCUGAUCGACUUCGAGGGCACCAUGGGAGACGAGAUCACAGUGAGGACGGGGGAUGUGGUCAAAAACGUCACCAAAGCCAGCGAGGAGGGAUGGCUGGAGGGGGAGCUGAGGGGAAAGAGAGGCAUCUUCCCUGCCAACUUUGUCAAGGAGGUGCCGGUGUAUCUGAUGGGAGACAGCAAUAGGGAACCACGGAGCAUUAGAAAAACGAAGAGGAUGAAACAGACAAGGAAAUGCGAGGUGGCGUACGCCUACAGCGCCAUGAAUGAAGAUGAGCUGAGUCUGGUUGUUGGGGAGACGAUAGAGAUCAUCAGAGAGAUUGAAGAUGGAUGGUGGAUGGGGGUGAAAUGUGGCAAAGUGGGAGCAUUUCCGUCGAAUUUCGUCAAAGAAAUUUUUGUUUCGCCUAAAGAAGGCAAGUACAACGAGAGCAAGGCAAGACCCAAGCUGACUGACGCAGUCUUCAACAAGGAGAUAUCUCAAAGGGCAAGUGUGAGGAACAAAGCAAAAAACGUGGCUGAGUGCUGCCAAGUCAUGUUUGACUACAAGGCCAAAGCAGCAGAUGAGCUGGAUAUGAAAAAAGGAGACGUUGUUGUGAUACUGAACAAGGAAACAGAAGAUGAAGGCUGGUGGGAGGGAGAGCUAAACGGACGCUGUGGCUUCUUUCCUGAUAACUUUGUCAUGGUGAUACCACCAAUGGACGGCCUGCAAUCUGGGACCGCAAACCAACGGCCUGCACGGACCAUUAGGAAGAAACUGUCAGUAAAGACAGAAGUCUCAGCGAUGGAGAAAGGUGGUCCAGCAAAGACAAAAGAUGAUAAACCAGAGGUUAAGGACCUGAGAAGCAACCCCCCAACCAAAGUCAAGUUGCCAACACUCAACAAGCCCACCCCGCCUCCAGUCAAAGACAAACCCACCAAGGUUUUACCCAAAACCAAUGGUGAUGUGGCUCCUGUUGCCCCAAAACAAGCGGAGGAGAAAGAAACCAACAGCUUUGACGGAGUGGACGUGCAGACAGAGAAGCUGUGCCAUCCUACAGCAAACAGAGCCAAACCGCCGCAGAGGAGACCGCCAUCAGGCCUCGUUUCAGCAACACAAGCCCAGGGCGCCACUGACCAGAAAGAACCAGAACUAUCGCCAAAAAAGUUCCAGACAGAGAAAUUACCUGGACUGCAAAAGGGUACAGAAAAUCUUCUGCCAUCGCCUGCAAGGCCUGACCCUCAACCCAAAACACCACCUCCGGUUCGACCAACACCACCCAAAGUAGUUGUGGAUGGCAGGACUGUGACCCAUAAAGGAGAAGCAACUAUGGAAAGCCUGCAAGCUGAGAUCAAAGAGCUGAGGAUGGCUCUGGAGCUGCUACAGACAAGACACGACCGAGACAUGCAGGAAGUGAAAGAAGAACUGAGGGAGGAGAGAAGCAAACGAGAGGCACUGCAGGAGGAAGUUCACAGUUUGAGGAUGAAGCAUUAAUCCAACCGCAGACAGCUGUCCAUCUGUCUGUCUGUCUGUCUGACACUGUGCCAUGCAGGCUCUCGCUCUGCAAUUUUAAACAAGAUGAACAUUUUUCUGACGUGGAAUGGGGAUGGAGAAAACAAGCGAGCUCUCCCACCGCAGACUCCAAAGCGAGGGCUGAAUUAGAAAGUAUAGUUGGAUCAAGCUCAUCCUGCACUCGACCGGAGAAACUUGAUUCUUCAAAAGACUUUUUAAUGUACUGUUAAAGUUUUUACAUAUUUGAAUGCUGGAAAUCACAAAUAUUGGUCCUAAGUGGGUUGUUUUAAAUUGUUUUGUUUCAAAUGUCUAAUUUGUUACUUUUAUCAUUACUGUACUUUUAACAUUUACACAGUUAAUGCCUCAGCAGAGUGUGUAAUAUAUGCAGCUGUACAUAGGAGGAUAUAUUGUGAUGUCAUUUGCAAAGAACUAAAAUAUAAUUAUAAGUCAUCCAAAGGGGCAUUGUUACAUGAAUGUUCAUACCUGAGAUACUACUGUCAAAAACAUGGGCUGACAUGCAGGUGAUUUUCUACACCAGAAUGUAAUGCUGCAUAAAUCCACUGGGGGGCAGUGUAUGACUAUGAUACAUAAAGAGAAGUGCUUAACUUUUCAGUCAAUGUUGGUGGAAGUAACCAGGCAAUAGUGACCUCACAUUAGUAAAACAUAUUUCAUUCAACAGAGUGAAUGUGUUGAGAUAUACAGAAAUGGCUGAUGUUAAUGGACUGUGCUUUUAUAAAACAAAAUCUUGAAAACACUUCGUGGGUUAAACAGAGUUUGUGGUCAGCUGCGUUUUUUUGCCGUUAAGUGGAAAAGGCAUCCUGUGUCACUCUGAGAAAAACUGACUCACACUGAAAACUCUGAACACAGUGAGUCAUCGCGAUGGAUGCAGAGAACGUGGGAAGAGAACUAAUAACAAAUUCUUUACACCCACCAGAGGGAGGGCUAUUUAAUUUGACCACGCCGUCUUUACAGUAAGAAUCCGGUUUUGGCUCCAAGUGGUAUAGCGGCGGCGGUGGUAGUGCGCUCCUGUCUAAGCCUACUAGUGUUGCCCACUGUAGAGCACAUCUGGACAACAUCUGGAGCUCAUCAGGGACCGGGUGCUUCUGAAACUUCCAUGGGAACAUACUAUUUUUAAAAACUGUGUUGAAUAACGGUCAUUACAGGCACAUUCCCUCUCGGACGAGGGUUGAAAUAAAUGAAACUAAACAAACAAAAGGGUCAGUUUAUAUUGCACAAUUUUUGCAAGAUAUGAAGUGUCAAUGUCCUUUUCUGCACAGACCUGCACACUAAAGCAAAGAUUUUUUUCACUGAAGGGCCUCUAAAAUAUUUAAUAAUGUCAGUAAUGAUGAAGGAGCUUAACAGAAAUGGUGCUAUAAAGUACCCCAAAGUGAUUCUUUGGCUUGUAAUCAUGUUUUGGUGCUAUAUGGCACACAUCUUUUACAGGUGCUACACGGUGCCUUUGUCAAAUAGUGCUACAUAGACCCUUGAGAGAUACCAAAUAGCAGUAUAAUGCUUUAAAAUUUUACGCCUUCGGGCUCUUAAAUGAUGUCAGAUAAUACCUUGGACGAGUCAAUAUUCCUCUACAUCUGUGGUUCCCAACUGGUCCAGCCACGGGGUCCAGAUUUCUUUUUAGUCAUUAGUUCAAGGUCCACACAGGUUGGUACAUUUAGCAGCA